UAAAUUAUAAUUUAUUAUUAUAAAUAAUAAUAAGUGAGAAAAUGCCCUACAGUAAUAAAAAAUGUUCAUUAAAAAAAGGAAAUAUUAAAAAUAUAUAUAUUUUAGAAGCAUGUAAACAUCAAGAUUUAAUUAGUACAAAUGGUAUACAUUUAUUUUACAAUUCAACUCAAUCCAAAAAAUAAAAACGGAGGAUCACUUGAAUGGGUAUAGAAUUUUAAUAUAUGCUGGACCUUAGUUUUCAUGUUUCCCAAUAUAAAAAACAAGGAAAAUUAAAUAAUUUCAGAAAGCACCCAAGAAACAUCAGUAUCAAAACUAUUUAAGUAAAAUAAUGUAACCAAAACAAAAAAUUAGAACCUUAUCUUUUUGACAAAUACAGUACUAUAUUUUUCGCCGGAUGAAGGGAAAAUAAUCAUUCAUUUUGGUAAUUUUAGUAACAGAGCAGGGAUAUAAAAAUAAAUAGAAUUCACGAUGAUAAAUAUCGUUUUAAAAUAAUUUGCAAUAUUUUGAUGUUUGAAUGAACUAACCAAUAUGUUUUCAUUUGAUAACAAUGAUUUGGUCCAAAGUUGAAUAAUUUACAAAUAAUGGUCUGUCAAACGUAGGCUAUCUUCUUAUCAAUCCUCCAAGAUGUUUGAUAAGGGCGGGCAUGCCCUUGGAAAACAUGAGGUAAUAGUGCACCCAGUGAACGAUAAGCCCUUGCAAUCGUUUUUUUAAAUGGACUGUUAUGUGGCCUAAUCUAACCCAGUUAUUUGUAGACUGUCCACCAAACGGUCAGCUUUGUGGGACUCACAUUUAUUACAGCAAGGGACACCGAUACCGGCAUCUGCAACUAUGACGGGCGAUGACAGAGAUACAACCAAAAAACAGCGAACUUUGAUCAGGACUUAACAUACACCCCGGCGGUACCCAUCCUACCGCGUCCGAAUCCCGACUCCCGGACAUCCUCCUGUUCCGCGCCUCGAUGACGGCUCCCCAGAAGUACCGGUACCCUAAUCAGCUGGCAGAUUACGAGAUAUCAGAAGGUAUAUAUAAAGAGGUAGAAAGCAGCCGCUCGUCAGAUAACAGAGCCGACCUACUUGUUGCUCUGUGUGGAGGGGAUUUCAACUCUUCAGUAUCAGCCAUGUCUCAGCACCGUAGGGUCAUCGAGUACCUCAACAACUCCAAUUGUAUUCAAGUCGCUACCAAUGUGACGGAGCAGAAGCAUAAAGUCUCAAGGGACAAGAGAGGUCAAGUUCUUGGAAAUGUCCGAGGUUUCAGGGGCUGUACUGUCUGGUUCACAGGACUGUCUGGUGCUGGUAAAACAUCCAUUUCGUUCCAUCUGGAGGCAUAUCUGGUUUCAAAAGGUAUUCCAGCCUAUGGUUUGGAUGGAGAUAAUAUUAGGACAGGGCUCAACAAGAAUCUUGGCUUUAGCCCUGAAGAUAGAGAAGAAAAUAUACGUAGGGUCGCUGAGGUGGCCAGACUCUUUGCUGACAGCGGAGUCGUAGCAUUGUGCAGUUUUGUAUCUCCUUUUUCCCAGGACAGAGAAUUGGCCAGAAAAAUCCACAAAGAUAAUGACUUACCCUUCUUUGAAGUUUUUAUUGAUACUCCAAUAAAUGUCUGUGAGCAAAGGGAUGUUAAAGGCCUCUAUAAAAAAGCUAGACAAGGAGUAAUAAAAGGGUUCACUGGAGUUGAUCAGCGAUAUGAAAAACCAGAGCAUCCGGAUUUAAUUGUCAAAACAGUAGAGAUGACAGUGGAAGAAAGCUGCAUGCAAGUUGUGGAACUUCUUCAGCAACAUGGAAUCAUUCCCUCAAAUCUGGAGAACAGUACCAGAGUAAAGGAGUUGUAUGUUGAUGACAAUAGACUAGAAAAAGCUAUAAAGGAAGCAAGUGGGCUCCAACAGUUGCCUAUCAAUGAAGUGGAUCUCCAAUGGGUUCAAAUUUUGGCGGAAGGAUGGGCAUCUCCUUUGGAGGGCUUCAUGAAUGAAGAUCAGUUUUUGCAGGUAAUUCACUUUAACUGCUUGGAAGGAAUGAAUCAGUCCAUUCCUAUAGUGUUACCAGUUGCCAGCUCAGAUAAGGCUAGGCUAGAAAACUGUACCGCAUUCACUCUAAGUUACAACGGGCGUCCAGUUGCAAUUUUAAGGAAGCCACAGUUCUAUCCACAUAAAAAAGAAGAGAGGGUUUGCAGACAGUUUGGAACAUCCAACCAUAAUCAUCCUUACAUUAAGAUGGUUUAUGAAAGUGGAGAUUAUCUUGUUGGAGGAACUUUAGAAGUCCUUGGAAGAAUUAAAUGGAAUGAUGGUUUGGACAGAUUUAGGUUGACUCCAAAUGAACUAAGAGAAAAAUUCAAAGAGUUGGGUGCAGAUGCAAUUUUUGCUUUCCAGCUGAGAAACCCUAUUCAUAAUGGACAUGCUCUUCUAAUGCAAGACACUCGAAAAAGACUCAUUGAAAGAGGCUAUAAAAAGCCAGUAUUACUUCUUCAUCCUCUUGGAGGUUGGACCAAAGAGGACGAUGUUCCACUUCCAGUUAGGAUGGCCCAGCAUGAGGCAGUCCUUGCAGAGGGAAUCCUUGAUCCUCAGUCUACUGUUCUUGCUAUAUUUCCCUCUCCAAUGAUGUAUGCAGGCCCAACUGAGGUUCAGUGGCAUGCUCGGGCAAGGAUGAUGGCUGGUGCUCAGUUCUACAUUGUAGGUCGAGACCCAGCAGGAUUACCUCAUCCUGAUCCUUCAGUAGGAGGUGACCUUUAUGAUCCAACUCAUGGUGGAAGAGUCCUUUCCAUGGCUCCAGGACUUGACCAGCUUGAGAUAAUCCCUUUCCGUGUUGCUGCAUUUGACCAAGCAAACUCAAAAAUGGACUUCUUUGACCCAAACUUUGCUAAGACAGGAACUUUACCACCGAAGGGUUUCAUGGCACCAACUGCUUGGAAAAUCCUUUCUGACUACUACCAAUCCUUGCAAAAUAAUUGAAUCAAAUUAAAGGAUCCACAUAUAUUGGUGCUAAGAUCAAAACCUAUGAGAUCAAUUUUACUAUAAUUAAUAUCUUAUGUACAAUUGACCAUAAGAAAAAAAAAAAAGAUGGCGAAUUAAAUCUCAUCAUUUAUAAUCAAAACUGAUAAAACUUCUUAAUAAGUUUUACAUUUAUUUUAUGUUAGAUUUUACUUAACUGAUCGGUCAGUUAUAAUUUAUACAUUUUAUAAAUAAAUUAGUUAGGUUAUAUUGGUGAAUUGUAUUUGACAAACAGUAUUCUACUUAGGCAAUUGUAUUUAUGAAUAAGAUCACAUUGUUACUAUUAAAAGUUGUAUAAAUGCUUUGAAAACGUUUUUUUAGCCAAUUCAGAAAAUUACUAUUGUGAUAAACAAAACUAAAUUUUUGUUUUACCUCACUUAUAUUUAUUUUAAUUAUUUUAAUGAGCACGAUCAAGGAAUUAGACAUUCAAAUACAUUUUUUGUUAUUAGUACUGUGCAAUAAUUGUUAUUAUUUGUUGUUUUGUUAUAAUUGUUAUGUAUACAUAUUUUCUAUGUAUAUAAUGGAUAUUAUAUUGUUACAAUUAGAUUAUCAGUUAAAAUUAAUUGUAUAUAAAUAAAUAUGUAUAAUUUUUUGUGUAUUGGAGAAUAUUAUAUAAAUAUACACUGCAGAUUAUUAUUAACAUAAUAAAUAUAUGAAGUUAUUCUUUUUUGUUUUUCUAUAAUUUUUCCCUAUCAAGUCAAUAGAGAAACAUUGGCAUAUUGCUGAUUGUUAUAGUUUAUGAUUAGAACUAGGGUGGUAUUUCAUCAACUUAAGGUCUCUAACUAUUGUUCUAAAUCAAUUUUUUUUUUUUUUUAAUUUAUCCCUUAUCUUGCCGGGAAGUAUAAAAGGAAUUGUUCUAUACGCACAACCAAGCCUAUUCCAACCAUAGUAGAAACGUGAAUUCAUUCCAUAGGUUCCUCACAACAUAUAUUUC